GGCCGGGAGACGGUGCCUCCAGAGAAUGGUGGGCCAGAAGUGCUCAGCAAAGAGUCCAGCAGGCUUACCAGAGAGCAGCUAUUCACAAUUAUAGCAACAGCGUCUAUUAACUUCAGUUCAAUGAUAUGCUAUUCAAUCCUGGGACCCUUUUUUCCAAGAGAGGCAUUGAAGAAGGGCGCCAGUAACACAGUUGUUGGACUGAUUUUUGGAUGCUUUGCUUUAUUCAAUUUCUUGACUUCUUUAAUAUUAGGAAAGUAUCUUGUACAGAUUGGAGCAAAAUUCAUGUUUGUGACUGGGAUGUUUACAUCGGGGUGUGUUACUAUUCUAUUUGGCAUGCUGGACAAAGUGCCUGAUGGACCAGUAUUCAUUGGUUUGUGUUUUUUGGUUAGAGCAGUGGACGCAAUAGGUUUUGCUGCAGCAAUGACGGCAUCAUUUUCUAUCCUUGCAAAUGCUUUUCCUAAUAACAUAGCUACGGUACUGGGGAGCCUCGAAAUUUUUUCAGGGCUUGGACUGGUGCUUGGCCCACCUCUAGGGGGGUUUUUGUAUCAGUCCUUUGGCUAUGAAAUCCCUUUCAUAGUGCUAGGAUGUGUAGUGCUGAUCCUGGUGCCUCUGAACAUGUACAUCUUACCAAAAUACGAUUCAGCCCCUAGCAAGGACUCAUUCUGGAAGCUUAUUCUUCUGCCAAAAGUUGUACUUCUCUGUCUUGCUAUAUUUUCAUUAAGUGGAUGCUUGGGUUUUCUGGAUCCCACAAUGUCUCUCUUUGUUUCAGAGAAGUUCAAAUUACCAGCUGGCUAUGUGGGAUUAGUGUUCCUUGGCUUGGCACUAUCCUACUCCCUGUCUUCACCAUUACUUGGGGUCUUAAGUGAUAAAAUGCCGCACCUAAGGAAAUGGCUAAUGGUCUUUGGGGGCUUACUGACAUCCGUGUGCUAUUUCUUGUUAGGACCUGCUCCUGUCUUGCACAUUGAAAGUCAACUCUGGAUGUUUGUUCUUAUGCUAGUUUUGAUUGGCUUUUCACUUGGGAUGACUGGUAUCCCACUAUUUCCUGAAGUAAUCAGCUGUGCAUAUGAGAAUGGAUUUGAAGAAGGGUUAAGUUUGUUAGGACUGGUAUCGGGGCUCUUCAGUGCAAUGUGGUCACUAGGGUCUUUUGUAGGACCAACACUUGGUGGAUUCCUCAAUGACAAGCUGGGUUUUGAAUGGGCUGCAACCAUACAGGGAGGAUGGCCAUUACUGAGUGGACUAGGAAUUGGAAUAUUCUAUAUUCUUGAGACUUCGCAAAGAAAGAGGUCUAACCUGCAAAAUCCUCCUGAUACAAAUGAAGAAAGAGCUCAUCUGUUGGGCAGUGAAACAUAGCCAGAAAUAUUGUUGGACUAGCUCUUACAUUUGUGGCUAACCUAAUGCUGAGACCAAGUGGGCUUAACAUGGUAUCAAACAAUUCUAGUGGUGCUAAGGUGCAUCUUCCCAUAAUAAAUAGUGAUUUGGUUUAUUUUUAGUUGUGAUACAACUACACAACUGAAGAAGCAAUCAUUUGACACUAAACACCGAAUGCCUUUCUCUUCAACAGUCCUUCUGUGGACUGCUUGAAUUUAUAAAUAACUGAGAGAGGUCACCCUGUUCAACUCUUCUUUGCACUGUACACUGAAGAUAUAUUAGGCACCUUGUAAAAAGCAUGUGUUUCACAACAUUAAAUUUAUACCUGCCAUAGACUGUUUCUGGACCCCCUGUCACUCCAGUUUUACUACGUUUUAUUAUAAUUUUUUUAAAGAAAAAACUUUCAAAACUUCUUAACUGAGGAACUAAAAUGUUGAAAUAGCAAAGCUGUAAACACAAUGCUCUUUUAAAUAAAAUAGCUAAUUUCUAA